GCUAUGAUUUCCCGGGUGUGCUGCGCUGGUUCGCUGAACGAGCCUCUCUCAUCCUCCUGCUGUUCGAUGCCCGCAGCCUGGCGGCGGCUAUGAUUUCCCGGGUGUGCUGCGCUGGCUAUGAUUUCCCGGGUGUGCUGCGCUGGUUCGCAGAACGAGCCUCCCUGGUGCUCCUGCUGUUCGAUGCCCGCAGCCUGGCGGCGGUGCCGGGGUUGGGAUCUGGAUGCUAUGAUUUCCCGGGUGUGCUGCGCUGGUUCGCUGAACGAGCCUCUCUCAUCCUCCUUCUCUUCGAUGCCCGCAGCCUGGCGGCGGUGCCAGGUUUUCUCUCUCCAGGCUAUGAUUUCCCGGGUGUGCUGCGCUGGUUUGCUGAACGAGCCUCUCUCAUCCUCUUGCUGUUCGAUGCCCGCAGCCUGGCGGCGGUGCCGGCCGAGCUGUUGUCGGCGCUGGGCGCGCUGCGGGGCCACGAGGAGAAGCUGCGGGUGGUGCUGAGCAAGGCGGACGCUCUGGAGGAGCCCCAGCGGCUGCUCAGGGUUUAUGGGGCCCUGCUCUGGGCGCUGGGCAGGGCCCUGGGGGCCCCCGAGGUGCCCAGGGUGUUCCUGGGGGCGUUCGGGGCCCGCCCGCUGCCCCACCCGGCCAUGAGGAGGCUCCUGGAGAGGGAGGAGCGGGAGCUGCUCCGAGAGAUCCGGGCCCUGCCUGCCCAGGCCGCCCACAGGAAGGUCAACGAGGUGGUCAAGAGGGCCAGACAAGUCAGGGUGCACGCCCUGCUGCUGUCCCGGCUGCGCCAGGAGGUGCCAACACUCCUGGGGGGCGUCGGCGGCCGCCGCAAGAGGCUGAUCCGGAGGCUCCCGGCGCUCCUGGCCCAGAUCCAGAGGGAGCAGCAGAUCCCGCCCGGGGACCUCCCGGACUGCGCCCGACUCCAGGAGCAGCUGCUGAGCCAGGACCUGUCCCGGCUGCCCCCCCUGAAGCGGCGGCUCCUGGAAGGGCUGGACGAGCUGCUGAGCCGGGACCUGCCCGCCCUGUCCCCCCUGCUGGGGGCACCCCCCGAGGGACCCCCGGGCGUGCGGGGAGGGGUCCUGGACGGGGACGAGUCGGGGCCCUUCUCCACCCUCAGCGACAGCGACGACGACGACGAGGAAAACGACGAUAACGACGACGAUGAUGACGAUGAGGAGUGGGUGGUGACGAAGGACAAGGCCAAAUACGACGAGAUCUUCUACGGGCUGGCCCCCAGCGACGGCAAGCUGAGCGGGCGCCGUGCCAAGGGCUGGAUGGUGAGCAGCAACCUGCCCAGCUCGGUGCUGGGCCGCAUCUGGCAGCUCAGCGACGUCGAUGGGGAUGGGAUGCUCGACCACGAGGAGUUCGCCCUGGCCGGCCACCUCAUCGGGGCCAAGCUCAGGGGGAGGGGGCUGCCCGCUGAUCUGCCCCCCAGGCUCGUGCCGCCCUCCAAGAGGAGGGACAAGGGAUGCAAGGAGUGAGCCCGAAAUUCAGCUAGAAAGCCGUCCAGAAAUCUCUCCAGAAAUUGCCCAAAUCAGGGACCCCUCGUCUGUCCAAGAGGAGGCACGAGGGGUCCAAGGAGUGAGCCCAAAAUCACCCCAAAGCCGUCCAGAGAUCUCCCCAGAAACUGCCCAAAUCAGGGACCCCUCGUCUGUCCAAGAGGAGGCACGAGGGGUCUAAGGAGUGAGCCCAAAAUCACCCCAAAGCCAUCCAGAAAUCUCCCCAGAAACUGCCCAAAUCAGGGACCUCUCAUCUAUCCAAGAGGAGGCACGAGGGGUACAAGGAGUGAGCCCAAAAUUCAGCUAGAAAUCCAUCAAGAAAUCUCCCCAGAAACUGCCCAAAUCAGGGACCUCUCAUCUAUCCAAGAGGAGGUACGAGGGGUCUAAGGAGUGAGCCUAAAAUUCAUCUAGAAAUCCAUCAAGAAAUCUCCCCAGAAACUGCCCAAAUCAGGGAUCUCUUGUCUGUCCAAGAGGAGGCACGAGGGGUCUAAGGAGUGAGCCUAAAAUUCAUCUAGAAAUCCAUCAAGAAAUCUCCCCAGAAACUGCCCAAAUCAGGGACCUCUCAUCUAUCCAAGAGGAGGCACGAGGGGUCUAAGGAGUGACCCCAAAAUCACCCCAAAUCCACCCAGAAAUCUCCCCAGAAAUUACCCAUAUCAGGGACCCCUCAUCUGUCCAAGAGGAGGCACGAAGGGUCUAAAGAGUGACCCCAAAAUCCAGAUAAAAACCCUCCUAAAAUCACCUCAAUUGGGGACCCCUCAUCUAUCCAAGAGGAGGCCCAAAGGGAUCAAAGGAGUGACCCCAAAAUCCAGACAAAAACCCUCCCAAAAUCACCUCAAUUGGGGACCCCUCAUCUAUCCAAGAGAAGGCC